UCCGGUUAUGUGUCACGUGACAACGUCGCCUCUGUCGGGGUGGUUAGGAUUUCCCCCUCUUCUGAACAAAAAUAUUCAAUAUUAAGGACCAUUUAAACGGAUUUAUCAGUGGAUUUAGAUGCCAUAAACAUGGCGAACGAAUACGAUUAUGAUGAUGAUUACAUGCAAGGUGAAGACGAGUGGGAUCGUGAACAACUUUUAGAUCCAGCUUGGGAAAAACAACAGAAAAAGACAUUCACAGCAUGGUGCAACUCACAUUUAAGGAAAGCUGGUACACAAAUAGAAAAUAUAGAAGAGGACUUUCGAAAUGGCUUGAAGUUGAUGUUAUUACUUGAAGUAAUUUCUGGUGAACAACUGCCCAAACCCGACAGAGGCCGUAUGAGAUUCCAUAAAAUAGCCAAUGUGAACAAAGCCCUAGACUUUAUUGCUGGAAAAGGAGUUAAAUUGGUUUCUAUUGGUGCAGAAGAAAUUGUUGAUGGAAAUGUUAAAAUGACACUGGGUAUGAUAUGGACCAUUAUCCUGAGGUUUGCCAUCCAAGAUAUUACAGUUGAAGAAUUGACAGCUAAGGAAGGCCUGUUGUUAUGGUGCCAGAGAAAAACAGCUCCAUACAAAAAUGUUAAUGUGCAGAACUUUCAUCUUAGUUUCAAAGAUGGUUUGGCAUUCUGUGCAUUGAUACAUAGACAUCGACCUGACUUGAUAGAUUACCGUUCUCUUUCAAAGGACAAUCCAUUGGAGAACCUGAACACAGCUUUCGAUGUUGCAGAGAAACAUUUGGAUAUCCCACGCAUGUUGGACCCAGAAGAUAUGGUUAACUCAGUCAAGCCAGAUGAGAGAUCAGUUAUGGCCUAUGUCUCUUCAUACUACCACGCUUUCUCAGGGGCACAACAGGCUGAAACAGCCGCUAACAGAAUCUGUAAAGUGCUUAAAGUCAACCAGGAGAACGAGAGAUUGAUGGAAGAAUAUGAAAGAUUGGCCAGUGAUUUAUUGGAAUGGAUCAGAAAAACGACACCCUGGUUGGAGAACAGAACCACAGAUAAUACAUUGCCUGGUACACAACGCAAGCUUGAUGAAUUCAGAGACUACAGACGUAAACAGAAGCCCCCAAAACUAGAGGAUAAGGCCCGACUUGAAAACAGUUUCAAUACUCUCCAAACACGACUCAGACUCAGUAACAGACCAGCAUAUCUUCCAACUGAAGGAAAAAUGGUCUCCGACAUAUCAAAUGCAUGGGGCCGCAUGGAAACGGCCGAGAAAGACUUUGAGGACUGGUUAAUAUCAGAACUGCGGAGAUUGGAGAGACUGGAUCAUUUGGCUCAGAAGUUCAAACACCGGUGUGAGAUCCAUGAGGACUGGGCCGAGGGUAAAGAAGAUAUGCUACAGAGUCAAGAUUUCAAGAGAUGUAGACUUAAUGAUGUAAAGGCAAUGAAGAAAAAGCAUGAAGCAUUUGAAAGUGAUCUAGCAGCACAUCAAGACAGAGUAGAACAAAUAGCAGCUAUAGCACAAGAACUUAAUGCUUUAGAAUAUCAUGAUAUAGUAGCUGUAAACAAACGUUGUCAACUUAUCUGUGAGCAGUGGGACAGACUGGGCACCCUUACUGCAUCAAGAAGGACAGCUUUAGAUGAAGCAGAAAGUAUAUUAGAAAAGAUAGAUUCACUUCACCUGGAAUUCGCUAAACGAGCAGCACCAUUCAAUAACUGGCUGGAUGGAGCCAAAGAAGAUCUGUUGGAUAUGUUCAUUGUACAUACGACGGAAGAAAUACAGGAAUUGUUUGAAGCACAUGAACAAUUCAAAUCAACUUUACCGGAGGCAGAUAAGGAAUUCAAUGCAAUCAUGCGUCUCGCCCAGCAGGCACAGUCACUCUCAUCUUCUAUUGGCAUUGCCAGCCCAGAGAACCCAUACACAACAGUCAAUCCACAGGAGGAUAUUUCUAAUAAAUGGGGAGAUGUACGACAGUUGGUACCACAGCGUGAUACCGUACUAUCAGGAGAGAUGGCCAAGCAGCAGAAGAAUGAACGAUUGCGACGUGAAUUUGCUCAAAAGGCUAACGUUGUUGGUCCAUGGAUCGAGACACAGCUUGAUGCUGUUGCAUCCAUCACGAUCCAGAUGAAGGCAUCUCUAGAAGAUCAGUUGAACAAACUACACCAGUACGAGAAAUCUGUGCAGCAAUAUAAACCUCAUAUGGAUGACUUAGAAACAAUCAACCAGGAAGUACAGGAAGCUAUGAUCUUUGAGAACAGAUAUACACACUACACAAUGGAGACAUUGAGAGUUGGCUGGGAACAGUUAUUGACAGCUAUAGCUAGAAACAUCAAUGAAGUUGAAAACCAGAUCUUGACUCGUGACUCUAAGGGUAUCAGUGAAGAUCAGAUGAAUGAGUUCCGUGCCUCGUUCAACCACUUUGACAAGAACAGGACCCGUAGAUUGGAGCCAAAGGAAUUCAAGGCUUGUCUUGUCAGUUUAGGUUACAAUAUUAGAGAAGAUAAACAGGGAGAUGCAGACUUCCAGAGAAUUAUGUCUAUAGUAGAUCCUAACCACAGUGGGUAUGUAACGUUCGAGAGUUUCCUGGACUUUAUGACCCGGGAAACGGCAGAUACCGACACUGCUGAACAAGUCAUGCAGUCUUUCAAGAUCCUUGCAGGAGAUAAGCCUUUUAUCACAGCACAGAUAUUAAGACAAGAGUUGCCUCCCGAUCAGGCUGAAUACUGUAUCCAGAGAAUGGCCCCAUACAGUGGACGUGACUCGGUACCAGGUGCUCUAGAUUAUAUGAGCUUUUCUACAGCACUGUAUGGUGAGAGUGACUUGUGAGAAUGUUAUAAACUAUAGUGCCAUUCACAUCCUCUGAUAUGGUCGUAGGUCAUCACCGGACUUGUCGUCUGUAAUUGCUUCUGUAGCAUAGGAAGAGCUGGAGUUCUCCCCCUUUGGACCUGUCCUUCAUGCAUAUCAUAUGACCUGAUUGGUGUGUUGAUUGUGAACUUCAUUUUAAAAACCAAACUAAGUGAUAAAAAUGUGCAGAGAUAAGCUUAAACCAGUAAUGACAGUUGAAAAAUGGAAACAGUGUAUAAAGUGAGAGCAAGAGCGGUGGAUAGUAAGGAAUUUUUUAGUUUUACACAUUUCACCAUACAUUUUAAACGUUAUAUACAAACUGAUGCAUGAUUAAUAGGGUUUUAAAAGACAGAACAGGCAUCUAUAUUGCAGAAGUGUUUACAGGGAAUUUAAUGGUAUACCACAUAUAGUCAUGUUGUGGUGUAAACAAACAUCUAUGCAUGGAUUGGUACUUUACAUCAUUGUAUAUUUGAUUGUAACCUUCCAAACCAGUUUUAACCUCAUGUUUUUGUUAAGCCAUCAACAUGUAUGAUAAAAACCUGUAUAAUACAGCUCUAUUCGUUAUUUGUAUUUUAUGUUAGGAUUUUUUUAUAAUUCACUCACUGGCAGGACUUGUAAAGUAUCCAAUAAAGAAAUUGUUUGACCAGUCUCACCCACUCUGCUUGAACGUUUUCUUUAGCUGGCCAGAUGGCAUUAUAUUUUAAUGUGUUAUGUCAGUGGGUUGGUUUUGGUGUUUUUAUUGAGAAGAGAUAAAAUUUGUACCAAUUUUGGAGGCUGUUACUUUGGGAGUUAUACCAUCUUACCUGGGCUAUUCAGCUGCAUUAUAAUUACAUACAUACAUACAUACAUACAUACAUACAAAACCAAAGUAAAUGUUCCAGUUUUGGUAAAGACUUUAUUUCUUUAUGAUACAUUUCAAAGAUUAAAAUUGACAUUGACUCGUAAUGAAUCAAUGAUGGUUAAAGCGGUAUAUAUCACAAUUUUACUUGUUUCCUAGCUUACAUAUUCUCUGCUUUUAUGAUAGAAAUGAAGUUAGUAUUUAGUUAUUUUCAAUUUGUUGUAAGAUAUUCACUCUGUAAAUAAUUUAUAUAAAGCACUGCCACUCUCUAGCUUGUAACAUAUAGCUCUCUAAUGGGUCUUUUUACUUUACUUUACUUUAAGUUAAAGUAUUUCAGUUCUAUAAAUGAGACAAUAUUUCUGUCCAGUUCAGUUUCCCAGACAGCUUGGUUAAAAAUACUGUCCGUACUGAUACAUACAUAGAAGCAGGCCUUGGCUCUUUGUAGAAAUGUGCAAAUUGCAUUUCAGCUGUAAUUUAUUACUACAAAUUAAAGAAUUUACAGUGUUUUGAUAGAAAUUCUUCAUAUUUGAUAUUUUUCUGAGAAUGUUGAUCUGAUAAGUUUCACUGUCAUUAGGCAUAAUUUUAUGCUUGAAUUACGAAGAACUUUCUCUGGGCUUGGAGUUUAGUGUUUAACCUAUAUAUCCGUGUUAGAGUGUAAUCUGUUAACAUGCAUCUUCCUAACACCGCAGUUUAUGAUAGGGAUGUUGUAUUAAGGGUGUAUUUACUUUGCUGUAUUAGUUUAUUUUACGAUAGGUAUACUCUAUUUAACUACCGUUGGCUCGUGUGAUACUGUAGUCCAAACAUUUAUCUCUUAACUUAUAAUGAAAAAAGUUCUGUGCACAGAGUGUGUGUAUGUGAUUGUAUAAGUUUAAAGUAAUGGUACAGCUACCAGACUAGAGCUUUCACUACCAUCGAAGCUCUGGGAAAAUGAAUAUGUGCACUGUUAUAUAUGCUAUUAUUUUAACCAUCACAUUUAAGCGGGACUCGAUAUAAGAAAGUUUGCUACCUGUACCGUUCAUAAAUUUGUAGAAAGAUAUACACAUGUUCGGAACUUCUAACAUACAAUAUGCCCUUUUUGAGAACUCUCAAGCCAAAAUGAAAAAAAGUGCCUGGAUACAGCCUGUUUUGUCUUGGACUGGUAUUUUUAUUGUUAAACUGUAUGGUGUUAAUCAAAACGUUAAGACAAUAUUUUUAUUACUCUGUAUUUUAUAGUGAAACAUUGACAUUACUCUGUUAUCAUCUUUCCUCAUUGAUAUGGCUGCUGAUGAUUGUCCUGUUAACAUUCAUUUUUUUGCUUAUGCUAAUAAAUACAUAGGUACCCAUUAGCCUAUUUUAUAAUGAAUGAAAGAAAUCAUGACUUAACCAGUAAUUUAAAUUGGAAUAAAAUGAAAUAAAAAACAUAAAAGGUA